AUGACGAUCGGUUUUGCCAUCGCGAGGCGACUGGCCCAGGAUGGUGCCCACGUGGUGGUCAGCAGCCGGAAGCAGCAGAAUGUGGACCGGGCCGUGGCUACACUGCAGAGGGAGGGGUUGAAUGUGACCGGUACUGUGUGCCACGUGGGGAAGGCCGAGGACCGAGAGCGGCUGGUGGCCACGGCUGUGAAGCUCCACGGGGCUGUGGACAUCCUGGUCUCCAACGCCGCUGUCAACCCUUUCUUCGGAAACCUGAUAGAUGCCACAGAGGAGGUGUGGGACAAGAUUCUGGACAUCAAUGUGAAGGCCUCGGCCCUGAUGACAAAGGCAGUGGUGCCAGAGAUGGAGAAGCAAGGAGGCGGCUCAGUGGUGAUUGUUGCCUCCUUAGCAGCCUACACCCCAUUCCCUGGGCUGGGCAUUUACAAUGUCAGUAAAACAGCCUUGGUGGGCCUCACUAAGAACCUGGCCUCAGAGCUGGCCACGAGGAACAUUAGAGUGAACUGCCUGGCGCCCGGGCUCAUCAAGACCAACUUCAGCCGUGUGCUAUGGAUGGAUGAGGCGAGAGAGGAAAGCAUCAAAGAAAUCAUGCAUAUAAGACGAAUAGGCAAGCCAGAGGAGUGUGCCGGCAUUGUGUCUUUCCUGUGCUCUGAAGAUGCCAGCUACAUCUCUGGGGAGACCGUAGUGGUGGCUGGAGGGGCCCCCUCUCGGCUCUGAUGACCUGGGAGGAGCGCUGAGGCAGAGGCUGAACGCCAACUCCUGGCUUCCAUUCUGACCUUCUGGACCAGCCUCGCCCCCCACCGCCCCUUCCCUAUCAUCCUGCACCCUACCUCCUGAAAAUCACUUCUGCCUUGUGAAAACAAACAGCCUUCCCUGCAGUUAAGGUGUGGUCUUAUCAGGACCCCGGCUGUUCGCUGUUGCCCAGGAUAAAGGCGCCCCCUGAGAAUGCAGGGCAGGCCUGCUGAGAAGGCUGAGCCUAUUUGGCAAAGCCAACCAAUUCUUUUUUUCUUGUUCUUUUUCCUUUUUCUGGGCAUCUGGGGAAUUUGAGAGGAGAUGAGAGGGAAAGAACCUGGAUUGCCAGCAGUGGAGUUGGAAAUUAACAGCUUGCAAAUAAGAUGCAAAUAAAAUGCAGAUGAUCAUGUUGCUUUGAA